AUGGUCGUGGACGACCACGAGAUCAUGCGGGACGGACUGCGAGAGGUGCUCCAACGUACCGGGGAUUACGAGGUGUGUGGCCAGGCCGGCGAUGGUGUCUCAGCGGUGAACAUCGCACUAGAGUUGAAGCCGGACGUUAUCAUCAUGGAUGUGAUGAUGCCCCUGAAGAACGGCAUCGACGCGUGCAGGGAGAUAACGGAGAUGCUCCCGGACACGAGGUGCUGA